AUGGAUGAAAUAGAACCAGGUGCCAUGCCAUUCCACGACAUGAUUAAAUCAUGGUUGAUGAUUUCGGAAAUACUUCUAUUAGAUGAAAACGUACAAGUGAAUGGAUUAGUGAGUGUUGUAGAUCACAGUGGUAUGACAAGAAAGCAUCUCCGUUAUGGUACUCCAUCAAAUAUGAGGAUGUUAAUUGAUGUGUUUGAGAAUUCAACACCAAUACGAGUAAAUUCGGAACAUCUUUUGCGACAACCGGACAUAUUUGAUAUUUUCUUUUCUGUGGUGAAACCUUUGUUGACGGAGAAGAUGAAAUCAAGGAUACAUUUUCACGGAGAGGAAUUCGGUACGUUACACGAGUACGUUCCAUCUGCCAUACUACCCAGUGAAUUUGGUGGACAGUUGGAAAAAUUUGGUAAUUCUGAAUUUGUAGAUAAGAUACUGGCAGCAGAAGAUUAUUUUAUAGAGAAUAGUCAGUACGGAUUUCUUAAGGCAGAUGAGAUUUUAGGAGGUGAAUCUACUGCAAAUGACCCAACGACAGGAAUCACAGGGAGUUUUAAGAAAUUGGACGUGAACUAA